GCGAGGGCAGCGCGUGUAGCCGGAAGUACAGCGAGCAGGGCGAUGACUAGAGCGACGGCGCAUUAGUGGCUAAUUCCUGCCGAGGUGACGGUGUCCCGGCGACAGUCCAGUCGUGGACUAACAUGCCAGCCUGCCAUGGAGUACACACGCUGUGCUAGUCCCUCUCUCCGCCUCCUCCUCACACAGGUUGUGGCUGUUUGCAUCUUGUCAUCGCCAGUCAUUUUUGCAAGCACGACGAACAGCGUGGAACCUACAACUUCAGCGACGACUGCCUCCCCCUCCGUCACCAGCACCAUUAGCACCACCAUUCAAACCAGCUCCAGCAGCGACGGCACCACCCCUACAGACAGCCCUACUACAGCAGUCAGCUCCCCUACUACAAAGAGCGCCACAACAGGCAACGUCACUGCUACAGACAGAUUCACUACAGAUAGCUCUACUACAGGCAGUUCAAGUACAACUACAACCAGUUCCACUACAAGUAGCUCCACUACUACAGGCAGUCCCACUACCACAGUCAGCUCCAAUACAAGCAGCUCCAUUACUACAGUCAGCUCCGCUACAAGCAGCUCCACUACUACAAGCAGUCCCAUUACCACAGACAGCUCCAUUACAAACAGCUCCACUACUGCAGACAGCAAUACAAGCAGCCCCAAUGCUACAUAUAUCUACACUACAGGCAGCUCCAUUACAGGCAGCACCAAUGCUACGUACAGCUCCACUACAGGCAGCUCCACUGCUGGUGUAACAACCUCCAGUCCAUCAGCUAGCACAGCAAAGGCUUCGACAACCACAUCAUCAAGCACAACAAGAACUUCAUCAAUUCCAAGCACCUCAACUAAAAGCACCACUACGACCACGCAGACAUCGACGGCGUCGUCAAAAUCAAACACUCAAGACAACGACAGAGGAGGUAUCAUCGCGGCUGUCGUCAUCCUUGUCAUCGCCAUCAUUAUUGCAGUCGCUUUAUUCGUCGUCUUCUGGAAGCGACGAAACCAGCAAUGGUGUAAGGCACGCACACGCUACAGAAGUACCAAACUACCAAGGAAGAGAAUGAAGAUGAAGUACUUUGCUCAAUACCUGGCACUUCUACACAAGGAUUCUGGACUUCUCUUCCAAGAACAAUUUGAGGAACUACAGAAGAACAGUCCCAGAACAUACUCAUUCGACGCCGCGCUGGCAGACGAAAAUAAAAUAAAAAACCGCUACGUGAACAUCGUGCCAUACGACCACACUAGGGUCAAACUCACCGUCGAUUCUGAGGUCGGGGGCUCGGACUUCAUCAACGCCAGCUACGUCCCCGGCUAUUCGUCACCCCGUGAGUACAUCGCUACCCAGGGCCCCCUAGCGAGCACCGCAGACGACUUCUGGCGCAUGAUUUGGGAACAAAAGUCUGGAGUCAUUGUCAUGCUGUCAGACCUUCAAGAAAAAGGACGACGUAAGGUGGACAAAUACUGGCCUGAUGAGGCGAACUCACCUGAAAGAUUUGGGGACAUAACCGUGGAGCUGACAUCGGUAACAACAUGCAGAAACUACACCAUCCGCCAUUUCAAAAUCUCAGAAGACACUCAGGAAGAGCGGAUGGUGCUGCAGUUCUUCAUCCCCGGCUGGGAGGAUCACGGUGCCAACCUGUCCCCUGAUGACUUCCUGGGUUUCAUCCAGGCCGUGAGGCUGGAGGCGCGCACGAGAGAAGGGCCCAUCACCGUCCACUGCAGUGCUGGUGUGGGUCGCACGGGUACUUUCAUCGCCCUGGACUUCUUGAUGCAGUUCGCGGAGGAGAAUAACAUUGACGAAGAGGUGGACAUCUAUAAUCUGGUGCUAAACAUGCGCCAUAGUCGUCCCAGCAUGGUUCAGUCAGAGAAACAAUAUAUCUUUAUACACGAUGUUUUGAAGAUCAUUAUUGACCGGAAGAUGAAGACGUUAGCGGGAAGUAACGGCGUGCAUGAUGACAGCUCUGCUGUAGUUAACCUGGCAUUUGCAGCUGCAAGCUCGCAAGAUCCUGACGACGAAGCCGAUGGAGAGGCUGCCGAGCUGUGUUCCACGAAAGCGACGUCUCUGUAGGACAUCAUCGUCAGCGUGACGAGAGUUCAUCACUCGCCAGUCAGCCCUCGACAGUCAUCGCCAGCCAGCAUCGAAGCUCGACACGUCGACUGUCGUCAGUGUUGAUGAUGACUUCAUCGCUCAUCAGCCGCAGCUGUCGCCGGCAAGACUUCUGACUGUGAGGACGAGAGCUGCAAGUCUUGUGGUAGUCAUGAUGUCCGACAUGAUGACUGCAGCACACUCGUGUAAACUGAGAUACAAUAAAUAACAAAAGGAAUAUUCCUUCCUGUCAACGACCAGUCGAUGCUAGAAUUUAAAGUUCUGUAGGAACCAAAGCUUUGGUCCUGAGGCAGGACAUCCAGCUUCGUGUCAGAUACAUUUUCUCCUUUCGGCGAGCAGGCUUCUCGGAAGGGGAAGAUAAUCAUUUUUCAUUUUCCGCACAGGGGUCACUGCGCAUGCACAGUGCAUUUUGCAUUUUGCCGCUGGACAGUGGGUCUG